GUCUAUAUUGAAAGUAUUACAGUAAUGCUAAGCAUCACGUUAAGCGUUAAAUAAAUGUUUAUUAUGAUAGUUUACAAGCAGCAUUAAGAUUACAGUGUUAUUAAUUAGUUCAUGCAUUUAUGGAUAGUUGGAUGGAAGAGCGUUUAUAAUGUGUACUGGAGUGCCAUGGAAUUAAAGGAGGCAGUUAGAAGAUCAGGUCUGCCGAGGACAGUUUCAGCCCGGAAAAUGUGAACGGCCGAUCAGAAUCGUCCACGUCGUCAAUCGUUCAGCUAGCGCGAUGGAGAGAUGCAAACGUAACUCCAUUGCUGGCUUCCCCACGCGGCCCGAUCGUCUGGAGGACCUGGACGGCGGGGCGGUCGGCCCGGAGACGGGCGGCGCCCAGCUGGACAGGGUGUGUCCCUCCUCCUACCGGGCCCUGAUCAAUGCCUUCUCCUGUCUGACGCGCCUCGACGACUUCGUAUGCGAGAGGAUCGGCUCCGGCUUCUUCUCCGAGGUCUACAAGGUGCGUCACAGAGCUUCAGAUCAGGUGAUGGCUCUGAAGAUGAACAAGCUGAGCAGUAACCGAGCCAACAUGCUGCGAGAGGUGCAACUCAUGAACCGACUCUCUCAUCCUAACAUUCUCAGGUUUAUGGGGGUUUGUGUGCAGGAAGGUCAGCUCCAUGCCCUCACAGAGUACAUUAACGGCGGGAACCUGGAGCAGCUGCUGGACAGCAAUAAGUACCUGAGCUGGGCCAUGCGGGUCAAACUGGCACUGGAGAUCGCCAUGGGUUUGACCUACCUGCACUCCAAGGGCAUCUUUCACAGAGACCUCACCUCCAAGAACUGCCUGAUCAAAUCGGACGAAAACGGCUACACGGCGAUCGUCGGAGACUUCGGACUCGCAGAGAAGAUCCCCAGUCACGAUGCCGAUGGGGAGAAGCUGGCAGUGGUAGGUUCUCCGUUCUGGAUGGCACCAGAGGUUCUAAGAGACGAACCGUAUAACGAGAAGGCUGACGUGUUCUCCUACGGCAUCAUCUUGUGCGAGGUCAUCGCGAGGAUACAAGCUGAUCCCGACUUCCUGCCCCGAACUGAAAAUUUCGGACUGGAUUAUCAUGCGUUCCAGCACAUGGUCGGAGACUGUCCACCCGAUUUCCUGCAGCUGGCCUUCAACUGCUGCAAUAUGGACCCAAAGCUCAGGCCGUCGUUUUCGGAAAUCGUGAAGAGACUGGAGGACAUCCAGCGGCGUCUGAGAGCCGAAGAUGCUGAGAGGGAGAGGAUUCACCAUCCAGCAGAGAUGGAGAAAAAGGCGACGGCGAAAGGAGAGAAGUUCCAGGGCAUGAAGCGUCUGAACCCUCUGCUUCUCCAGGACGACAAGAUCCCUCCCAAGUCUCCUCGUCCGCGGCGCAACAUCUGGCUCUCGCGCAGCCAAUCGGACAUCUUCUCACGCAAGCCGGGCCACAAGGUCAACGUCCAGGACCCUUACUAUAACCCCGGGCCGCGAGGGGCCGCCAAGGUGAACCCGUUCAGCGCCCGCGAGGACCUGAAGGGCGGCAAGAUCAAGUUCUUUGACAUGCCCAGCAAGUCCGUGUUCUCGCUCAUGUUCGAUCUGCACUCGCCUCGGGCCAACAUGAGCUCGCACCAGGCACAGGCGAGCGCCGCGUGGCCCGAACCGUGGCAGCUGCCCGGCCGGCAGUGGCACUCUUUACCCGUCUUGCCACAGCCGGCGCCGUCCGAGGCUUUCGGCGCGGCCAGGAGCGAGGGGGGCGACGCCAGGGCUAGACCGCUCGGCGGCUGGGCGAAGAAAUACGCCGUGGCCGAGAUCCCGCCCUACAGGCCGAGAGCGGGUAGGCAGAACGACGGACGCGCGGAGUCCGAGGACAGCUCGGAGGAAGACAUGGACUGCUCAAGUAGCAGAGACUGCCCGUUCGACGGCGAGGAGACGGAUCUGAUGCCCAACGGAAACGGCGAGGACAUGGACGCCGAGGACGAGCGCGACACGCCCGCUCUGUUCUCCUUAGCCAAUAGGAACCCGCUUCCUCUGACCACGCCCGUGGAGCCUCAGGAACUUCGCUCGAUAGUCCUCGCGCCCUGCCGCGCCUCCGCGUCGCCGGACGUCCCGUCUCGCUGCGAUAUCUGAGGCGGCGAACACACGGCACGCGUUAACCACGUGGUUUUGCGCCGUUCAGACGGGAGAACGAACGCACAUCACGAGCACAAGGUUCCUAAAGUAGCCAGAUAUGUCCUUUACCCACAAUGCCUUUGUAUAUAGAAACAUAACAGCGAUAGUUCAGCCCGGAUUUCACCAUUUGUUAUCGUUAUGGGCGCUCACGGCUGCCAGUUUAGCAUCAUGAGGACUUGCCGAGUGCACUCAUGCUGGCAUCUGAUCAGAUAAUCAUAGCGAGGUGGGCACCAACAGACUGGCACCCAGUCCAGGUGUAUUAAUACCAUGUGCCCAGUGACUCGCCAACCCAACUAUUACUCUUAAGAACCGAAUUGACCGAGCUCUGUUGCCCAAUGGUCAGUCCUUCAGCUUAUUUUCAGGUUGGCACAGACUUGCACAGACGCACCGGACCCGAGUGUUUGGUACUUUCUCCUCCAGGAAACCUGCUGGUAGGUUGAUUGGCUAGUCUAAAUUGCCCCUAGGUGUGGCUGAUGCCAGGAUGUAUUCCAGCCCUGCACCCAGUGUUCCCAGUAUAGUCUCCUGAGAACGGUGAGAAAGGGUGUGGUCGUUUCAGUCAGGCAGGUCACAUGAUGCUAAACUGGCGGCUUUACGUUCCCGAACUUCGCAGCCUUGACGCAAAGCUAAACAAUCGAACGCCGAUCGGAUGCCAGGCACGCCACGGCUAAGCUAAUCUGUUCGGUUCGGUUCGGUGCACGUCGGGGAAUUUUUAUCACGUCCGAAAGUUUAAAGACGCCGCUGUGAGUUUGUAUUCGGAGGUUUAUUUACCGCACGGUUUCGUUUUUCACUGUUCGACUCUUCUUCCGGUUAGCGCACAGGUGACGAGCUGUGGUCCGUCCGGAGGUGCUCAUCACUGCUCCUUAAAUCGUUGUGAAAAUCCACCCUCUGCACCGAGGUUCCUGUAGCUUUGCCUCUCAUCCUCGCCUUCAGUCGCUGCCGGGAAGGAAGGAGCAUUGGUUGUUUUAAAUCGCCCCUAGGUGUGCGAGUAAACGAUAGGCUGAGUACGCCUCGCCUGGGAGGCACGGUGGCUCGGUGGGUAGCACUGUCGCCUUACAGAGAGAAGGUCCUGGGUU